UGGAUAUUCGUGAAAUCAAAGAGAUUCGUCCAGGAAAAAAUUCACGUGACUUUGACCGGUACCAGGAGGAUCCAUGCUUCCGACCGGACCAGUCUCACUGCUUCGUUGUCCUCUAUGGCACAGAAUUCAGGCUGAAGACCCUCAGCUUGCAAGCCACUUCCGAGGACGAGGUCAAUAUGUGGAUCAAGGGGCUGAACUGGCUGGUGGCAGACACCCUGCGGGCUGCCACCCCCCUGCAGAUUGAAAGGUGGCUCCGCAAGCAGUUCUACUCGCUGGACCGCAACCGGGAAGACAGCAAGCUCCUGCCGAGAAACUCACCCCGCAAACCCCGCUGUCUGUGCCGGGAGCACGCUGUUGGGGAACCAUGGGUGACUGCGGAUCAGCAGCCGAAAAUCACGGCUCCGUACUCAUUAGGAGAAGCGACCGGGUCCUCUCGUCCCACUUUGGUCCCCGCCGGUGUGCCCCUGCCUCCCAGCUGCAGCGUGCUGCCCCGUGACAGCCAGGACGGGCAGACGGCCCCGCUGUCGGCCUGCCAGGGUGACGUGGAGCAGAGGAACGGGGAUAUCACAUACGGGCAGUUUGCACAGCUCUACCGCAGCCUGAUGUUCAGCGCCCAGAAAAUGAUGGAUGUCCCGUUCCUAGAAAGGGGUGGAGAAAGGUCUGAGCACUUCAGGGUGUCACUGCUGGAGUUGCAAAAGUUCUUGCUGGAGUACCAGAGGGAGCUCUGGGCUGCAGAUACCCUCCAGGUACAGGAAUUCAUGUUCAAUUUUCUGAGAGACCCUUUGAGGGAGAUCGAUGAGCCUUAUUUCUCUCUGGACGAAUUUCUCACCUUCCUGUUUUCCAAAGAGAACAGCAUCUGGAACUCGCAACUGGACAUGGUGUGUCUGGAGAACAUGAACAACCCCCUCUCCCAUUACUGGAUCUCCUCCUCACACAACACGUACCUGACAGGGGAUCAGUUCUCGAGUGAGUCCUCGCUGGAGGCGUACGCCCGCUGCUUGCGCAUGGGAUGCCGCUGUAUCGAACUGGAUUGCUGGGAUGGUCCCGAUGGCAUGCCGGUCAUCUACCAUGGACACACCUUAACCACCAAGAUCAAGUUCUCUGAUGUCUUGGUCACUAUCAAGGAGCAUGCCUUUGUCACCUCCGAUUUCCCUGUCAUUCUGUCCAUUGAGGACCACUGCAGCAUUGCUCAGCAGAGGAACAUGGCUCAGAAUUUCAAGAAGGUCUUUGGGGACAUGCUCUUGACGAAACCAGUAGAUAUUUCUGCUGACGGCCUUCCCUCUCCAAACCAGCUCAAGAGGAAGAUUCUCAUCAAGCACAAGAAGCUGGCAGAGGGCAGUGCUUACGAAGAGUUACCCACAUCCGUAAUGUAUUCAGAGAAUGACAUCAGCAACUCCAUCAAGAACGGGAUCCUCUACCUGGAAGACCCCAUCAAUCACGAGUGGAACCCGCAUUACUUUGUCCUGACCAGCAGCAAGAUCUAUUACUCUGGGGAGACAACCAGUGACCAAGGAAAUGAGGAUGAGGAAGAGCAAAAGGAGGUGAGCAACAGCACCGAGCUUCACUCCACGGAGAAGUGGUUUCACGGCAAGCUGGGAGCGGGACGCGACGGGCGGCACAUCGCGGAGCGGCUGCUGACGGAGUACUGCAUCGAGACAGGGGCCCCCGACGGCUCCUUCCUCGUCAGGGAGAGUGAGACCUUCGUUGGAGACUACACCCUCUCCUUCUGGCGCAACGGGAAGGUGCAGCACUGCCGGAUCCACUCGCGGCAGGAUGCCGGCAGCCCCAAGUUCUUCCUGACGGACAACCUGGUGUUCGACAGCCUCUACGACCUCAUCACCCACUACCAAGAGGUGCCGCUGAGGUGCAACGAGUUUGAGAUGAGGCUGACGGAGCCGGUGCCGCAGACCAAUGCCCAUGAGAGCAAAGAGUGGUACCACGCCAACCUCACCCGGGCCCAAGCCGAGCACAUGCUGAUGAGGGUGCCACGCGACGGAGCCUUCCUGGUGCGCAAGAGGAAUGAGCCCAGCUCCUACGCCAUCUCCUUCCGGGCGGAAGGGAAGAUCAAACACUGCCGAGUGCAGCAGGAGGGCCAGACCGUGCUGCUCGGCAACUCCGAGUUCGAGAGCCUGGUCGACUUGAUCAGCUACUAUGAAAAGCACCCGCUGUACCGCAAGAUGAAGCUGAGGUACCCCAUCAACGAGGAGACCCUGGAGAAGAUAGGGACAGCGGAGCCAGACUACGGAGCCCUUUACGAGGGACGCCACCCCGGGUUCUACGUGGAAGCCAACCCCAUGCCCACCUUCAAGUGUGCAGUCAAAGCCCUGUUCGACUACAAGGCACAGCGGGAGGAUGAGCUCACCUUCACCAAAAAUGCCAUCAUUCAGAACGUGGAGAAACAGGAAGGAGGCUGGUGGAGAGGAGAUUAUGGUGGCAAGAAGCAGCUGUGGUUCCCUUCCAACUACGUAGAGGAAAUUACUGGUCCGAGCAGCCUGGAGCCAGAGCGGGAGCAGCUGGAUGAGAACAGCCCCCUGGGAGACCUGCUCGGAGGUGUUCUGGACGUGCCCUCCUGCCAGAUCGCCAUCCGCCCCGAGGGGAAGAACAACCGCCUCUUCGUCUUCUCCAUUAGCAUGGCCUCAGUGUCACUUGUGCCAGCCGAUACGCACGAGGACUUGGUGGACUGGGUGAAGAAGAUCCGGGAGGCAGCCCAGACGGCCGAUGCACGGCUCUCUGAAGGGAAGAUGAUGGAGAGGAGGAAGAAGAUUGCCCUGGAGCUUUCGGAGCUGGUGGUCUAUUGCCGACCUGUGCCCUUCGAUGAAGAGAAGAUCGGCACAGAGAGGGCCUGUUACCGAGAUAUGUCCUCCUUCCCCGAGACCAAGGCGGAGAAAUACGUCAACAAGAUCAAAGGCAAGAAGUUCCUGCAGUACAACCGCCUGCAGCUCUCCCGCAUCUACCCCAAGGGUCAGCGCCUCGACUCCUCCAACUACGACCCCCUGCCCAUGUGGAUCUGCGGCAGCCAGCUGGUAGCCCUCAACUUCCAGACCCCAGACAAGCCCAUGCAGAUGAACCAGGCCUUGUUCAUGUCCAGCGGCCAGUGUGGGUACGUCUUGCAGCCGACCAACAUGAGGGAUGACAUCUUUGACCCCUUCGACAAGAGCACGCUGCGGGGAGUGGAGCCACUCUCCAUCUCCAUUGAGGUCCUGGGAGCCCGGCACCUUCCCAAAAACGGAAGAGGAAUUGUUUGUCCUUUCGUGGAGGUGGAG